AUGAUCCCGCCAUGCGAUCCGGUCAUUCUUGACAACAACCCUCAAUUUAAGAGACUUUAUACCCACCUGACGACGACUCUCUCGAACCCCGAUGGCUCCACUCGCGCCCAGGAUGCGCAACCCGCUCGACAGGCUGUUGUAGAAGAAGUAAAAGCCUGCCGGAUACGAGACGCGAAAAAGCAAAUCAAGAAGCAAGCAUUGCGACGGCUGGCAUUCGACCCAGACAGCGGAGUACCCGACGAUUGCCGAGACCCCAUCGCCAUCAUAACCCUCUACCUCGAAUCCUCCCCCGAGUUACUUCAGCUUGACGACGACCCCAACGAUGCAGCAACAGACGCGCAAUUACUCCUCGCGCCCGACAUCGACGAAUUCUACUCCAACCUCCCUCUCCUAGCCACUCCGCUAUCUAAUGUCCUCUCCACAACACUCAACGACCUCCGCACAAUAGCCAACGCAGGAUCAUCCGACUCCGCAGGCCCCGGAUCUACAUCAACACCCAAUGAACCGCCCCGAACAACCCGCGCACGCAAUCGGCAGGCUAUGCUUAGGUCCGUCGCGCAGGUGCCGCUCGCCUCACAGCUCGAGGACCGGAUUCGCGCUUUGCGUAAAAUACAGUUGACGGAAAUUCCGGCGGCUCGGACCCGGAUGGCUGCGACGGCGGCGGAGGUGCUCGCGACACGGGCGGCCGUGCUGGAGCGCACGGUGAUGCUCUUAGAGAGAGCGAAACAUGGGGCGAUGGCUCGGGCGGCGAAGGCGAAGGCGGAUCAUUUGCUGGCGGUGGCGCAGGGAAUAGAGGGGAAGCUUAAUCUUACGAAACUGGAUAUACUCGCGACGAUACAUACACCGGAGGUGGUGGAUGCGCUGCAACGGUAUUAUCAGCACCUCCAGAAUACGAGGGAACGGCUAGAGGAGCGACGUGCUACGGCUUUGGAGGAGUUGAAGGUCUACGAAAAUAAUAUUGAUGGAGCCGUGCGCGGACCGAUGAAGGAGCUUGCGCAACAGUAUGGGUCGUUGAUACAGGAGGUAGAGGAUAAAGAAAUGGCCGACGACUCCAUCUCCAUCUACGACGAGAUCGAAAUUGAAGACAUGACCUUCGACCCGGUUCUCCAGAUCUACCACUACCCGUGUCCCUGUGGCGACCGCUUCGAAAUCGCCAUCGAUGAUCUCCGUGACGGCGAGGAUAUUGGUGUUUGUCCCAGUUGUAGUUUGAUGAUUAGGGUGAUUUUUGAUGCGGCCGAUCUUCCCAAGGACGGUGAUGAUAAGAACGGGUCGGCGGCGGUUGCUGUUCAGGCUUAAAUGUUGGGAGUUAUCGCUUAGGGUUAAGCCGAUUAAGUUGAUUUGGUAUUGGGAUUCUCUACAUUGGGUUGGAUUGGAUUGGAUUGCUCGCGGACGAUUGCUUUCCGAUACCUCGAACAAACGACGAGUGUGCUUUGCGACAAAGUGUUCACUGCGAGAUGAGUGUGUCGAAUACGAGGGCGUCUCUCGAUGGUGAUAUCGGUGGGUGAUGUCAUGGCUUCAGCAGCAGCAGCAGCAGCAGCAGCCAAUCGACAUACGAUAUGCAGCUUGCUGCGCUCGAGGGCGAGCGCAGGCGCAGAGCCGAUGCCGCGCCGGUAUAACACGGGCGCAUGCGACGCAAGAUGUCUAUACCUGCGAUAGAUGCGCAGGUUGAAUGAGUCAACGAUGGAAGUAUGGAUUAAGAUACCACUUCGAUAUAUAC